CCUCAAAAGUUAGGAACAGUAUCCCUUCCCAAAAUAAUUCCCCUCUGUGAUUUUAGAGCAGUCAAAAAGUCCGUCUAUCGACGGAAUUCACGAACACUUCGCCGUCUAAGCCGCAACUAUGACUGGGAAGUGGAUGAACACGGCGGUUUACGACCUAUCAUCAAUCCAGCCAAGGUGGAACGAGCGACAAAGGAAUGCGCUAAUGAUUCCUAUAUACUUAGCGCUAUCAUGCAUAACUAUAAUAGGCACAAAAUUCCAGGUGGCCAGGUUGAGGUGAAAGUUGAAGUCUGGGUCCAGGAGAUCACCACGAUUUCCGACAUCACUAGUGAUUUUCAAUUGGAUAUCUACAUCUCGGAGAUGUGGUUGGAUCCAGCACUCGACUAUUCGGCAUUGAAUCCAUGUAAAUACAAUUUAUCGUUGAAUAGUGUACUAUUGGAAAAAUUGUGGACGCCGAAUUCGUGCUUUAUCAAUUCGAAAACUGCCGACAUCCACAAAAGUCCAUUUCCGAACAUUUUUCUGCUCAUCUAUGCUAACGGGUCCGUAUGGACGAACUAUCGCCUGAAACUACAAGGCCCAUGCGAAAUGGAUCUCACCAGGUUUCCAUUCGACAACGUCACAUGCUCGCUAACUUUUGAGUCAUUCAACUACAAUACGGACGAGGUUCAGAUGUCGUGGACGCCGUCUGGGGUUAGUAAAAUGCGGGACAAAAUGGAGUUAGCCGACUACGAACUGGUCGAUAUCAAAAAUGUUCGCAAUGUUGAGCCGUAUCCAGCUGGCUACUGGCACGAACUAACCAUGAAAUUCCAUUUUAAACGCCGAGCCGGUUGGUAUAUACUUCAAGCCUAUCUGCCAACCUAUUUGACUAUCUGCAUUUCAUGGAUCUCUUUCGCUUUGGGAUCCAAAGCGAUUCCUGCUAGGACGAUGUUGGGUGUGAAUUCUCUUCUGGCGAUGACAUUUCAAUUCGGUAACAUCAUCCGAAACCUUCCGCGUGUAUCUUAUGUCAAGGCCAUCGACGUAUGGAUGCUCUCAUGCAUGACUUUCGUUUUCUGUUCGCUCCUUGAACUCGCAUGGGUUGGUUAUUUGUCACGAGAAGACGAAUCACCCAGCACACCGCCACCUCUUCAAGUGCAUAGCGCCUCCAGCACUUUACAUCGGCGAAAUCCAGCAAACGAAGAGGAAUCAGCGUUGAUUUCGCUUCGUGACAACGAUUACGGCUAUAUUCCACCGGGAUUCGGCCUCAACGGCAACAUCGCUAGCGCGAUGCGAUCGUUUGGAGCCAGGUGUUCCUGUGAUCCUCACCAAUCAUAUCAGACCGAAGUUGAUGACGUCCACCCUCCAGAACAUAUUUCACAAACCUUCAGCUCACGGCAUCAUCAACGAGAACGAUUGGCCAAACGAAUCGAUACGUUAUCAGCAAUUCUUUUUCCAUCGCUUUUCUCUCUAUUCAAUAUUGCCUAUUGGUCUCACUACCUACGCUCAGAUGGCUAG